ACCAUUCGAGUGGUGGAUCAGCUCACAGCAGUGGCGGCUGAAGUCGUCUCUUUCUCCAAGGAUAGUGCAGUGGUGGUGUCAGGUGCUGGCACCAGCGGCAGAAUAGCCUUUCAGGUGGUUCUCUGUUUCAACGCUGUGCUCAAGAGAUACGGCCUGCCGCCGUGCUUCCACUUCCUCAUUGCAGGGGGGCUGCCUGCAUUGCUGAAG